UUGCCUCCCCUUUGCACCCCAACUGGGGAUUGAACCUGCAACCUAGGUAUGUGCUCUGACUAGGAAUUGAAUUAGUGACCAACCGAGCCACUUCGACAGGGCCAGAUUACUUUGUUUAUCUCAGGGCCUGUUGCUGUCCUGAGCUGCUAUGCCCGGGCUCAGCUCUCUGGCCGUGGAGGGGGGACACUCUGUGACUUACGCAUGGCAUUGUGGAUUGACUCGUGUCCCCCUGAAAGAUAUGCUCAGGUCCUCACUGUAGGACCUGAGAAUUUGUCUAUAUUUGGGCUGAGGAGGCGUCCGGGAAGGGGGAGCUGCAAGGCCGGGUGGCGGUGGGAACCCAACUCUGGAGAUGCUGGAGAUUCUGUCUCUGCCGUGUCUUACUUUCCGAGGUGCUUUCUUUUUUCUCUGCAUGCUUCUCAUGAGGACGCCCAACCUUCUGUCCUGGACAUUCACCUCCUCCUACGGGUGGGUUGGCAGCCGCCCUGGUGCAGGUUCCAUCUUCUUCCGUCAGGUUUGCUCCAGGGCCCUGGCGUCUCCCUGUCUUUUCCCUUGGCUGGGGCACUUGUCAGCUGCUCGAACACACGGAGCCACCAGGAAGCAUUGCUGACUGUCCGUGGGGGGUGGGUGACUGUAUGCAGGCUCGGUGUCCACAGGAGAUGGGUCUCAGCACAAUUCCUUUGCCUCUGACUGGGGCUUGGUCUGAGUGUCCACUCCCGGGGCCAGAGGGCUCAGUGCCCAUCCCACCGUCUCCUGCGUCACCCCCAGCUGCGCCUGGGCAGACUGUGCGCCCUCCAGCUUCAGUUGGGGAGUGGGGCUUGUGCCCAACUGGAUGGAGUGGGAGAGUGGCGUUUAACUCCUUUGGGCCACGGUCAGUGGCAAGCGGGCAUUUGGGCAGCAGUCGUCAAUGGCAAGGCAGACAUCCAGUCAGUGGUCAGCAGUGAGGUGGGCAUUCAGGCAGUGGUCAGUGGUGGGUAUCCGGGUGGUGGUCAGCCGUGAGGUGGACAUCCAGCAGUUUACAGGCAGGCUGUUUUUGGGUUUCUCCACUGCUGCCUAAGACUCGGCUUUCUAGCGCCUUCUACCUUCCAUAUGUUGUUGCUGUGUCUCGUCUCCUGUGCGCUUGCUUGUCUUUUUGGAGCAGUGGGUGGCCUUCCUUGCUGCUUCCAUCAGUUGGGGGCUUGGGAGGGGUUGGUUCUCGGUGUGUGCACCCCCCAUCCUUCAGCCAGAACACUGCCUUACUAACUUGCCAGGAGAGAACUGUGCAGUCGUGCUAAAGUGGGCGGGCCUUUGUCGGCCGAGAUACCAGAAGUAUUUUGAAGAGUGGUGCUCAGCAUAGAACAGAGGCGGUGACCAGAUGGUUUUGCAUGUGGUCACGGAUGGCGAUUCUCUUUAGUAUAGGCAGACUGGAAGCUGUGAGAGCCGUUGGAAAUGGAUCACUUACCUGUGAGACAGAAAUGCAGCUGUGAGGGUUAGUGCAGACCCAGCAGCGCCCAGUCUGCUGAGCCCGAUGUUCCGGAACUCUGGUGCCCGUCGGUGCGGACGGAGGACCUGGUGGGCCCCCGACCAUGGUCACGCUCAUCACUGAGAAGCUGCAGAACCAGAGCCUGGAUGACCUUGCCCACAAGAGCUACGAUGCGCGCCCGCAUCCUGCCGAGACACUGAACAACAAAAGUGGCCACUUGUUCCCUUUUGAGACCAAUGGAGACAGGCACCCCUGGAAGGCCUUGAGUGGAGGAUGGCCCAUCAGAAGCCAGGUGGCCUCAGGCCCUGCUCUCCCCUUCCCGCUGGGACCCUGUGGUGUGAGUGCGGGCCUGGGUGCGGUCAGUGCAGUGGACCUCAGGGAGAGCUCGGGGCCACCCUUGGCCCCACCCAGCAAACGACACUGCCGCUCCCUGUCGGAGCCCAAUGAGCUCGCCCGAUGCCGGUCCCCAUGGCGCCCUGGAGGAUCCAAGGUCUGGACUGCUGUCUCCAAGAGGCGGUGCCACAGCGGUGGGAGCGCCAGCCUGCCAGGGAGCGCCUUUCCCACGGCUGGUCCCAGCUCGCCACUGGCUCCCCGGCCGGCCUCUGCCAGCAGCGGCUUUGUGGACAGCGGGGGUGGCCCAGGCCUACCCUGGUGUCCUUCUGGGCCCUGCGUGCUGUCCUCUCGGCGCCGCCUGUCCCUAUCACAGGAGCACCUGGUGGACACAGAUACCCCAUCGUCCACACCCGAGCUGGGCUGGCGGCUGGGCCUGCUCCGGAGCCGCUCUCAGCCCUGCGUGCUUGUUGGGAGGAAGAGCCGGCUGAAACGCCCCCGGGAGGAGGACAGUCGGUGGCCACGCCCAUCCUUGGACUUUCUGAAGAUGACACGGACAUUAAAAAACUCAAAAAGCCUUGGCUCCCUCGAUUGUGAAGGUGAGGAUGGCGAUGACACCAGAGCGAAGACGGCCGUGUCCUCCCCCCGUGACCAACACAGCCUCACGGGCCUCGUCACCCCAGCCUCCAGCCCCCUGAGCUCAUGCCCCAGGCCCCAUCCCGCCAGCCCCAGCCUGUGGGCCUCUCAGGAGCCGGUGGCCGGUGAGGACGGGAGCGGUGGGGACCCGAGUGACUGGGACAGCGCUGGGGAGGAGGGCCUCUUCCCACUGGACCAGGGCGAGCUGGACCUGGAACAGAUCGAGAACAACUGAUGGGUCAGAGGGGAGGUCUAGGGGCGGGACUGUCGCCGCCUGUCUGUUCUCGGGAUAGAGACAAAGCAGGUUCCGUGGUAUUUUGAACGUUAAGUGUAAUUUUGACUCAGUCUUUUCUGAAGGAGUAUUUUGCAUUUUUAUGGCUUUUACAGUUCUGGAGAGAGGGUCUCUAUUUUGAAAUGCAUUUUCAGAGGGCAUUUUGUUCCCUGGAGUCUGCGUACAGACCCCAGGGCACUGGUUCCUCCGUAAACACCCAUGGUGAAAGGCGCUGUGCGUCGUUCAGCUACGAAACCUGGGGCACCGGAGGCCCAGGCUUUGUCAUUGUGUGUGCUGAGUCUACAGCCCACCACCAUGUCCCCACCCGCUGUUUGGAGCGAGGGGGGUGAGGGCUGUGCUCUGUGGCCUGGAGGUUCUGGCUGGGCCAUGAGGACGUAGUCUUGGUAGCACCUGGUCUCUGACUUCAAUAAAAGACAUUUGCUCUGCACGCGA